CAAACAAGAUGCAGUAAAGAAAAAAAAAAACCAGGCGUCUUAAAACGUAGGAUGCAAAAAGGAAGGGAGUGUCUGUUGGCCAGCGCAGCUGGUUCCUGACAGAGGAAGCCCAGACGGAGGCCCGAGUCCUGCAGCCCACUGCUGUCUCCCGCUAUCACCGCCAGCAACAUUGCUGCCUGGCCUCCCCAGAGGCUGCAGCCCCGCGAUGCAGAAAAACACACGCAGAAGCACGCAGGAACGACUUCAUCCAAGCACCCACUUCUUCUUUGAGCUCGCAGUGCCUGGGAGGGCAGGAGGAGGGUUCAGAUGAGAGCACAACCCCUCAGCCAGCGCCACAAGACAAGCUGACCUGCUACUGACACUCGCUCACAUGCACUCUCUCCACUGCUUCACUCACACUCUGCUGGACAGGAGCGACGAUGACUGAGGGAACCAGGCCAACAGAGGAAAAGCAGGCAAGGGAGAUUUGCGUUCAGUGACAGAGACUAUUAGUCGUGGGUAUUAGCGUGCAACUGUCAUAUAUUUCUUUGGAUGCAAAGUUGUUGGCAAGAAGGGGGGGAGAAGAAACGACCUGAUGAUUCCAGGAAUAAUACAAACAAGGAUAUAAAGUUUUCACUGAGGAUUUGAAAAAAGCUGGAAAGGAAAUACUUGUGUGCUUUAUUGCUUUACUAUUUGGAGCUUCCAUGUUCUUAGCCAUUUCAUGGCGGUUCAUUGAGUCACAUUAUGAUCCACAGUGGCUUCAAAAGCAAACGAGUCAACAAUUAUGAAAGUAUGACAGAGGAACACAGAAAGGUUCAGGCGCCCUCGAUGAGAGAAAGCACUAAGGAAUAAACUGCAAAAUCGUUUGGAGCUAAAAGUGGAUUUUAGAGUCAACUACCUCGUUGUUGCUACUUCUGCCCCACUUGGACCAACUGGCCGGUAGCAGGCACCUGAGUGUCUCACUUAAACGCCAAAACCAUCCCACUUUUAAAGAAAUCGGAGGUCCAGACAUGUCUGCCGAGGUCCAUCUAGAACACCAGAAGACGGCUGACCUGAUCGCCGGGUCCACCUCUGCCCCGACAUUUGCCGCCUGUGUCCCCACGGUCACGCUGAUCAGCCACCGGACGCUGAGGGGAAAGCACGCCGCCCACAGUUUUCAGCCCAGAAGCCUCGACCACAGCCUGGCAGCCAGCGCUCAUUACAGAUGUAGUGAAGGUAGCAGAGUGCAGAAGGUUGGAACAAUGCCAGAUUCACCUGCGGAUGUGAAAACCCAGCCCAGGUCCACCCCACCCACUAUGCCUCCACCACCCCCGGCUGUCAGCCAAGCAACCAAUCGCAAUGCUUCAUUCACACCUACCACCAGUAAAUCAAUGCUGAAUGGGAGCAGUCACUCGCCUACGUCGCUAAACGGUGCUCCGUCGACUCCCAACGGCUUCAGCAACGGGCCGGCCAUGUCCUCGACCGCUUCGCUCUCCAACCAGCAGCUCCCGCCCGCCUGUGGCGCCCGGCAGCUCUGCAAGCUGAAACGUUUCCUGACCACGCUGCAGCAGUUCGGCAACGACAUAUCACCUGAGAUUGGAGAGAGAGUGCGCAGCCUCGUGCUGGGACUGGUGAACUCCACUCUCACCAUUGAAGAGUUUCACUCCAAACUUCAUGAGGCCACCAACUUCCCCCUGAGACCUUUUGUCAUUCCUUUUCUAAAGGCAAACCUGCCCCUGCUGCAGAGAGAAUUACUCCACUGUGCCAGGUUGGCCAAACAGACUCCAGCUCAGUAUCUGGCUCAACAUGAGCAGCUACUCCUGGAUGCCAAUGCCAGCUCGCCCCUCGACUCCUCUGAGAUCAUGCUGGAGAUGAAUGAGCACGGCAAGAGAAGGACCCCUGACAGGACAAAAGACAGCUCGGAGAGAGAAGGCCUGCACACGGAGCACCUGGCUAAGAGGCCCUGCACCAUCAGUCCCAGCCAACGCUUCAGCCCCAGCACGGGUCUCCCCGCUCACCCGCCUCCCAACGGCCUCCCGACGCAUCCUCCCAAUGGCCUACCGCACCCACCCAACCCUCAAAUGGGACCCCAACACUAUCGCUUAGAAGACAUGGCCCUGGCGCACCAGUAUAGAGAUGCUUACAGACACAGUGAGCACCGUGAUGCAAGAGACAGACACCGACAGACAGCAGUGCAUGGAGCCCGUCAGGAGGAGGUGAUCGAUCACCGCCUCACAGAUCGAGAGUGGGCAGAGGAGUGGAAGCACCUUGAUAAUCUUCUAAACUGCAUCAUGGACAUGGUGGAGAAGACGCGCCGCUCUCUAACGGUGCUCCGCCGCUGCCAGGAGGCCGACCGGGAGGAGAUGAAUCACUGGAUUCGUCGCUACAGUGACGUUGAGGAGAUGAAAAAAGGUGGGAGCAACGGACAGCACUGCCUUCCUCCUUCUCCUCUUCCUCCUCCUCCUCCUCCUCCUCCUCACCACAACUCCUCUUCCAACACAGCUAGCAGCAGCGAGUCACUGCCCAUAGGAACUUCCUCGGCUGCUGAAAGGCAGACAGGCAGACAGACAGAAAUCCAUCGAGACUUCUUACACAGGCCUCCCUCAGGAUACCUGCCUGAAGAAAUCUGGAGGAAAGCUGGUACUACAAGCAUCCCGCUCUCCCCAGCACUAAAGCACCUCCAAAACAAGCAGGAGGAGGCAGUGAACGAGGUGAAGCGACAGGCGAUGUCGGAGCUGCAGAAGGCAGUGUCAGAUGCUGAGAGGAAAGCUCAUGAGAUGAUUUCCGCAGAACGCUCUAAAAUGGAGAGGGCACUAGCGGAGGCCAAGAGGCAAGCCUCUGAGGAUGCACUAACAGUCAUCAACCAGCAGGAAGACUCCAGUGAAUCUCAACAGAGCUGCUGGAACUGCGGGAGGAAGGCCAGCGAGACGUGCAGUGGCUGCAACACGGCUCGCUACUGCGGCUCCUUCUGUCAACACAAGGACUGGGAGAAGCACCACCACGUCUGCGGCCAGGGCCUGCAGGGGCUGCCAGGGGGCAGCAGCGUCCCUCUAGGAACCCCGUCUUCCUCCUCAGCGUCGUCCAGCGCUCCCCCGACCCACUCCGAGAGCACUCCUCCAGGACCCCUGUCCCUGGUGGGCCAAAGCAGUAUUGCGGGCGGGGCUGGGAGCGGCAGUGGGAGCGUCUCCGCCAGCCCGAAGGAGAGCAGUUCCAGCAGUGCCUCUCGCUCCACGACGCCAGCCACCCCCGCCCUGCUGGAUGCCACCUCUCGCUGACCCCCCUGCUCCUUUCUUGUAAACUGAACUGACAGUGCCCACACGCCACACAAAACCAAACUGAGGAAUCUCCAUCGCACACUGUCCCCUUUCCUCUUCCCCUACUUCAGACCCGAAUCCCCUCAUAUCCUGAGCUGAAAAUCUCUUCACUACCUGACAAUAGACUGACUUUCUUACUCCCCCCGCCGCUACCAAAACACUUUCUCUGUCUCUUUCACAGCUAUAGCCACAGAUACAAAGAUUCCAGCCUGAAGUUCAGAGUAGUUUAAAGCAUGCAUCGAGCAGUGUCUCCUAUCUCUGUAACAGAAACAUAUCAGAUGUGUUUGCUGAGAACAAGAGCUUUGACUUGAAACUGUGCCCUCAGUAAUGUAAGCACGAUAAAUACUGUCCUCGGAAGGACACAAGAUAAGGGCUGUGGUAAGUCAGCAACGAUGAGGGGAUGACGAGGCCGAUUAGCACUUGGAUAGGAUUUCCCUUUAAUUUAGCACCAAUGACAGGACCGUGCCCAGCCCUGAGAUGUGCACUAACAGUCCAAACAGUUCACUGAUGUGGCACUUUUUCCACAGUGUGAUGGAGACAGGCAGGAAACCUAAUAUCGUUCUUUUUUUUGUUGUUUUCUCACAUACUUAUGAGGGGAGUAGUGAAACCUGUGAUGCGAUUCAUUCCUCAGAAAAACAGCUUAGUAUUUAUUGAAUAUUUAUUUCUGGCUUUAAGGUAAAAUAAAGAAAAGUCCAAAUAUUCUAAAUAAAGAAUAAUAGUGAUGAUGAUGAUGAUGAUGAAGAUGAUGAUGAUGACGAUGAUGCUUAUGAUGAUAACAGUAAUGAUAUGAAAAGAAAUUAAUUUUAAACUGCUAACUACCUUGCUAGCGAGCCAAGAAAAUCUACACCGGACUCACCUCUCUGCACCAUUAUGAACCCAAAUGAAUUCAAAGAUGAAAAAUAACAUGAUCCAAACCUUUGUAUUACACUGCCAAAGUGAGUAAGUAAGCGAUAAAGAGAAGCACUCAUCUUAUAACCAAACGCAAAGCAACAUCACCUCCUCAGCAGAUAAGCCAGCCCUGAGAGGACCAGGCUGCAGAGGAGCUGCAGAACGGAGGCAGAUAUUUUAAAAAAGCAAACAAACAAACAGAAAACAAAAAAACAAAAAAACUCUGCGAUCUGCAGCUGCCUCCUGCAGUCCGGACAACACUGCAGUGAUGGCCCAGACUCGUGAACAUGGACAAUGCUGUGAACUUGCCCACAAGAAAGACUCGAUGAAAUGGAUGGAAACCCUGCCACAGUGUUUUGUUGUUUUUUUUUUUGGUGAAUGGUAGAGAGGACAUGAGAGGAAAGAGAAAAGGAAAAGCUACAUAGCCUCACAGGAGAUGAAGAUACGUUACAUGGCAACAGAGCUGCCAAAAAAAAAAAAAAAAAACCUCAACACAAGCUUGAAGGCGUUGCAUACUGCGGGGGGACACGCGGGGAGAUUGUUUGUAAGUUUGUUUUUUUUUAAAAACUCCACAAAGAGGAAAUAUUUCAAGGAAUUGCUCUUACCUUUACAUUCGUUCCCUCCUUUUCCAAAGCAUGAAAAACAAACGAAAGAGCCACGUGAAGGGCGGUCGUAGACUUUAUUCUCCUCUCUCUUUCUACCUCCCCUCACCCCACGCCUCCCUUCGAUGCUCUUCCCCAACUACUUGACUCCAGUCCGCCCCUGAACCCAGCCUGCGAUGGACAGAGCCACAGAGCAGCUGCGUGCGUCGGGUGGAACCUGCUUGUAGAUAUUGCUCCUCUUUUCAUUUUUUUUUUUUUUUCAAUAAUGUCUCUUGUUGCUGAUGUCCACAUGUGUUGCCCUUGUGUAUAUCCCGAAAGAUGGACUUUGUUUUGGUUUUGUUGCCUUUCGAUUUUCUCCUUUAAUUUCGGGCUGAGCAGUGAAAACAGAGCAAUGGUGCUUGUUUAUGAGAGGAAGCCCCACAUUGUACUUAUUGUUUGAUCUGUUGUAUCUAUACUAAUGAGAUGAAACCCCUCUUGUAGAAUAUUUUGUAUCGCUCGCAUUGUAAGACAGUGAGAGGACAGAGGUGCAAUAUGAAGAGAAUUCAGCUACUGAAUGGAACCUCAGCAACAGCCCAUAGGGUGUCAUAUAAUAUAGAUACAUAUAAAUAUAUUUAAAGUAACAUCAGUAACUUAAUGUGAAUGUACAUAGUAUUUAAAAAGGUCCAAAAAUGUGUUUGCCAAAUAACAGAAACCUUUAAAGUUUAAUGUCCAGAAUAUGAUUUUUUUUUUUCCUCACAGUGCAUUUGUUUCUAAAAUUGAUCAACUCAUUUUUUUUUUUCUCUCUCAUACAAGUUUUCAAAUUGCCACCUGACCCUGAGCGUCGGAAACAGAGACGAAGUAGCUCAAUUUAUCAGGAGGGGACUUUUUUUUUUGUCUGUCACUGACUACACGACCCAAAUGUAGUCAACAAUUCAGAAAAGGUUGAAAAGUGGUGGUUCCGUUGGCAGUUACUUUGCUCAUACUGAAUUUAGGGAUCCUGAAGUUCUCUUACUUAAUACCCUCUUAGCUCAAGCACUGCUGUAGUGAUCCUCUCUCUUGGUCCUCAUCGAUCCGUGUGCAUGUGUGGAUAAGAGUGUUUGUUUCUCCCAUGGUGCAGGACAAGCCGUUAAUGUAGGCUGAAAACAUAUGCCAGCGUUAAGCUACAGUCAAAGCUACCCCAUCUUUAAAAUGUUCCUUUAUUUAAACGGUGUGAAGAUGCAAUCGGAUCAUAAGCUCAAACAGGUCUGUAUUUCCAGUUUAUUUAUUUAGUUUUUCAGCCUUUCCCACGUGUUCCUGCAAUAACCCAGUGUAAACACAUGUAUGUUCAACAGUCUCAUUUUUAUAUUUAUCAUUGUAACCCCGACAUGGUUGGCCUCAUUCUCGCAUGGACCAAACUUGUUAAAAUGGUAGCUUUGUUUUUUGGGGUUUUUUUUUUUUUGCAGCUGAGCUUGAAAAACUAAAAAUAUUUCCUCAAUAAUCAUCAAAAAGCUAACAUUUUGGACUAUUUCAAACAUGUCAGUCACAUAAGAUAAGCUGCGAGGCACCCUUGCAUCCAUGUGUAGCAUUCAUGUAUGUGUGUUCUGAUUGCCAUGUUAGAAUGUUGAACCCCAGCUUUUCUGGGAAACUUGCUCCUCUUUCUCUGAUCUCAAAGUCCCCCGCCUGCCACAGACCACUGAUGACAACCCCUCCCCUUCACACUAGCUACCUCCUGUGACCAUACAGCUAACCGCCAGGAGAGGAUGACCUGGACUCUGAAAAGCUGAAAAGCUGGGCUGAGAGCAGACUUGGACUCACACAUAAGGAAUUAACACAUUAACCUAAAUUUUGUCAAAAGAGUUGAAAGGAACUGUCGUGACACAUGAUGUGGUGUAUUACAUAUUCCCACCUGACCUCACCUGUUUGAUCACGCAAAAACCGAUACAGCUCACACACACGCACACACACACACACACACACACACACAAACACACACUGAAUGCUGAACUCUACCAAACUGAAGAUAGAACCAUCUCAUGCCAUCUGUUGUCCAAAACCAAUAAAAGCACAGACCAAAGUACUCCUGCUCUUUUUGCCAUAAUAUGCUCUGACAUGGUGUGCAUGAACAGACCCGAAGUUGACCUGACGUGAUCAGAGCUCAGCUGCACCAGUUAACCAAAGUGUCUGAAAUGCACACUGAGAGCCCGGGAGUGAAGAGCACGCUCAUGAACCGGCUGAGUUUCGAAUGUGUAGAACUCCUAUUCAAGCAAUCAAAGCGCUUGUUGUCUACACGUUGAAUAGAGCUUCUCUAAAAACAAUAGAAGCAUCUCCGUGUAAAAAGCCUGCUUCUUGCGUGUUUUGACAGUUACAAAGCCUUGCAGAGAUAAAAUGAGCAAAUGCUGCGUGAGUGUUUGUGUGUAAAUGACAGUGUUUUUGUAUAAAAAAAGAAAGGAAAAAAAAACAUAAAAACUUCUUUGUCUUUAUGUCUCUGUACAAACUACUUGAAACCUUCAGAGCUUUAAUGAAACAUCCCAGACAAACUACAGAGGUGCAUUCAUAGUAUGUAGCAGCAGCUUUGUGCAGUAAAGUACAGUGUUGGCGUACAAUAUCCACAUCAAAGUAACAUUGUGGCGACAGUUCCAUUCAACUUGGAGUGCUCUGUGUGUGCCUCCGUGUCUGAAAUCAAGCCCUCAGAAAAACUAAACAAAACCAAACUCAAUAGACCACUAAUAAAUGACCAAAACUCUGACUUUCUUCUGUAGAUCUGCCUUUGGUUCAGGUGUUUUAUGUUGUUUCCCAGCAGUAGAGUUAUGGAGCUGCUGUCUGAGGCUGCAGAGGAACGAGCAAACUGUCUUUCACUAUGAUUCUCCCUUCUGAUUUUGUUUGGACAGCAGGAUUCACCUGUUAUUUUUUUUUUCAGCUGGGUGUUAAAAAAUAUAUAUAUCAUUAAGUCACGAAACAAAUGCGAUUUGUGCUGUGGUGUCAUUUACUUUUCCCCGUGAAGAUAUUAAAGGUGGCAAACGCAUAAGGGCUCUGCUGUUGUGAAUACCAUCCGAGGGUCUCCAAACUCCUUUCAUCAGCUAUUUUCACUUGACUAUGUACAUUUAACGGGCUAGACGUUUGAUAAGAAAACAGACACAUUAGGUUGGCACUGGUUUGUCCCCACACCAACCGGCCACUCUGCCACUGACGUUUCAGAGCUCAUCCGACGCGAUGGUGACGCGUCCUCCCUGUGAAACAGGCUCCGAUGAAUACUUACAGAAGAAGGCUAAGGUGGCAAACAAUGGAUACAGCACUUGUCUCCCAAAAGCCAUGGCUCAGGAUGGUCUUGUUUUUACCUUUACAUAAACUGAAAAAAAAAGGUUUAUGUUUUUUUUUUUUCAUGUGUACUGUAUUUGUGCAAUACAUUAUUACAGAAAAACCACGUUUCUGUAGGAAAGGUUGGCGCUUGAAGAUCUUUCUUUUUGUUUCGUUUUCCUCUUCAAACGGUCCUGUUGCCAUUUUUAGAUGAAGUAAACUGUGCCAGAAGAAUUAAAUUCUAAUUUGUAUUUAUUUCUUGCAUGCUUUCCUCCCUGUUGCUAAUACCGCUCUUUAACUGUUCGCUCUGUUGGAUGUGUGAAGCUGUAAAACAUUCUAAUUCAGGUUAUUGUCUGUGUUGAACAAUGUAACUGUGUAAUUAAAACAUGAAAUAACA